UGGAGGAAAUAGUGUGUGAGAGAGGGAGAAGAGAGAUGUCAAACUGGAUGCUCAAGAGCAUGCAUGUGCACACCAGCUUCAUGCUUAUUUGAGAGUGGAGGUGAGUGAGGCAGGAGUGAAAGGGGGAGAGAUGUGUUGCAAAAGAGGGAGGGGGCUACACAACAGCUCUGUUGGGAGAUGACGGCAGCUGUGCAGAGACGCAGGGAGAUGCACAUACAGUGCAACCAGCAACAUUAGCAGCACAUCAGGACCAGAUGAUCGCUUCAUUGGCAGAUGGAUGUAAUAACACUUGGAAAUAACCACAACUAAGAGAGGAGACAGAACAAAGGAGAGCCAAGCGCUGGACGAGCAAGAACAACAGGUGGACAAAGACAACCAGGGGAUAAUUGCCUGCGGUUUGUAACAGCUGCUGAACCACAAUGUUCGUCCAGCUGCAUACGCCACUGAUCAUGUGUCUGGCCUUCACAUUCUGUACUUGUAUGUUCCCUGGCCAUCACUGGGGGGAAUGGAAUGACUCCCAGCUUCUGCCCACCAUUCAGAAACUGAUGAAGGGAUAUAACCGCUACCUGAGACCCAAUUUCAAUGAGGGUCCCGUGGAAAUUGGGAUGAGUCUUGAUAUUGCAAGCAUCGAUGCCAUCUCUGAAAUCAAUAUGGACUACACUGCAACCAUCUUCCUCCGCCAGCGAUGGCGUGAUUCCAGGUUGGUGUUCCCAGGGAAUGAGAGCAUCAGUGUGGACGGACGUCUGGUGUCACUGCUCUGGAUCCCCGACACCUUCAUCCCAGACUCCAAGCGUUCCUUCCUGCAUGACGUGACGGUGGAGAACCGGCUCAUACGCAUCUUCAGUAACGGGACGGUUCUUUAUGCACUCCGCAUCACAGCCACAAUCGCCUGCAACAUGGACUUGACUAAAUACCCCAUGGACAGACAGGUGUGCACCCUGCAGCUGGAGAGCUGGGGCUACAAUGUGCAGGAUGUAGUGUUUUACUGGACCAGAGGGAAUGAUUCGGUGAGGGGUCUUGACACUCUGCGGCUGGCUCAGUAUAGUGUGGAGAGCUACUACACAUCCGUGUCAGAGGCUGUGUAUGAGACUGGACAAUACCCCAAGCUGGUGCUGCAUUUUGCACUGCGCAGAAAUGUGUUGUUCUUCAUCUUGGAGACAUAUGUUCCCUCCACUCUGCUGGUGGUUCUCUCCUGGGUCUCAUUCUGGAUCAGCCAGUCUUCCGUACCUGCCAGGACCUGCAUUGGUGUGACGACGGUCCUCACGAUGACCACUCUGAUGAUGGGCGCCCGCACCUCCCUCCCCAAUGCCAACUGCUUCAUUAAGGCCAUAGACGUCUACCUGGGCAUUUGCUUCACUUUCAUCUUUGGUGCCCUACUGGAGUACGCCUGUGCACACUUCUAUACGAUGCAGAACCAGACCAUAGAGGAUCUACACAGGGAUCUUGCAAGGGAGUUCAAUGAUUCCAGUGGAAACGGAUCCAUCCCCAUCGUCAGCUCCAACCAACCAAAGAAUUGCGUGGAAGCGGGCUCGUCCACAGAGGAACCCGCACACGAGUCAGCCAACAGCAACACUAAGACCACCGGUGAACCCAAGGAGGAGAAGCCAGGUCAAGGCUGCAGCCUGUCAUCAGUGAAGGAAGCAUCACGGAGGGCAGUGUCCAUCUUCAUUGUAGAAAACCCACACAACAUCGAUCGACACGCCCGCACCGUUUUCCCCACGGCAUUCCUCUUUGUCAAUAUUCUCUACUGGCUUUAUUACCUCUUUCUCUGAGAGAUGCUCACAAGCUGCUAUUGAGUUCGUUUUGCCACCCAGCAGCUGCUGCACAUCCCUGUUGGAGACCCCAGACCAGUCGCUUGGAUCUGAAGCCAUCAUACAUCCUUUUGGUUGACAAGUUAUAUGUAAAAAAAAGAAAAAAGGAAAAGAAACAACUUUCAACCAUAUGAUGAGGCUCCAAUUGAAUGAAAAGCAGCAGUAAUCAAUUAUUCUACGUCUACAUUUGAAUAUUUAGCAGGACAAACAAGAAUGAGUCUUCUGGUUGUAAACAAAAGUUGGUUUUAACUGCAUCACACGAAUGCUGCCUUCAUUGCUGUUUUAAUAUAUUGUUGGUACAAGACCAUAUUCUGUAAUGAACUUCACAGCAUGUAUUAGAAUAAUAAAACAAUGAU